AUUGAGAACAAGCUGGACGUCAACUCUGAUUACUAUGAGAGCGACCGCGCUCGACAGUCGUAUAUCGAGUUCAGAUUAGCGGGCAAGGCCUCGUACCAGUUGGAACCGUACCUCGAGGACGCCCACCCAAACCAGAUUAAGACCUCAGAAGCCCUCCUGACCUGGCUGAAGAAUGAGUUCCGUAAUGUGAACCGGGCCGAAGAAGCU